AUGUCCGGUCCCUCGGCCGCCGCGCCCGCCAUCCCGCAGUCGCCCGCGUUCACCAAGAGUGUCGAGCUGGCCAACGACCCGGCCAAGGGCCUGAGCAUUGGGCUGAGCAUCUCUGAGAAGCUCGCCUUCUGGGGCAUGAGUGAGCAGGGCCUGACGGGAGACGUCACCGGCGAGCGUCCCUCGAUCGUGCGCGUCGAGUCGCGCCUCAAGCACGACGCACACGCCAAGAACAAGGGCGUGGCGCCCGAGGAGGCGCAGACGCGCUACGUCGAGAUGUUCCUGCAGGCGCUCGAGAAGUACGCGCCCAAGCAUCCGGCGUGCAAGGAGUGGGAGGCCGAAGUGCGUGCUCUGCUAUAG